AGUUCCACUUCCCAAUGUUGCCAGUGUUAUCACAUAUUUGAAAUCUGAUGUGACAACUUGUCUUUGUAAAUUAAUUAUAUGAGUCAUACAAAUAAGCAUGGGAUAUUAAAUGCUUGAGGAAUCAAAUAUAAUUUGACAUAUUAGGGGGACUCAACUGUUCACGUCAAUUUUGUUUUCCAAUAAUACUCUGAAUACUCCAAUGACACUCCCUGUGAGUCUUCUCUCUCCAUCCUCUCAUUCUGAAUGCAGUCUGUGUGUCCAUAUUCAAAUGAGAACGAGACGUUGCCUGCACAGGUGUAAAGAUCAAAUGCUACGGCCGCAGUUGGUUUGUUCUCACUCCUUUUGGUAAGGUUUGGGAUAUUGAUUAACCUCUUCAGUUCAUCUUGGAUACGUUUAGUGGAUUUCAACAGCUGUUUGUCUGAUUUAAAUGUAUUCCUGUGUGAAUAUCUAAAACGGUAACCAGAACAAAGAAGUCUGAAUCAUUCCAGUUGAAGGAUGGGCAGGAUUCAACACCUGAUAUUAUGGGCUGUGUUGGUGGUGUGUUGUGUAGCUGAGAGACAGUACUUCUUCCAGUCCAACUCCUCCACUUGGGAACAGGCCAGGCUACACUGCCAGGUGUGCUACAAGGAGAUGGUGAGCCUGACCCCUGAAAACAUCCAGCAACUUGCCCAGAACCUGACCUCUUCUUACUGGAUCGGUCUCCGCAAAACCAUGAACAACGGCUCCUUCCCCUGGUCCCGCUGGUCCAACGGAAACCCCCUCGCCUUCCAGAACUGGUACCCCGGUCGCCCCAUACUCUCCAAGCCCAAGAAUCCUGUGAACAUCUUUAACAACUACUAUUCCAUCCGCCCCAAUUACUGUGGGUGUUGCUGCACCAAUAACAGCAACUCUACCAGUGUUCCCCCGGUAACUACUGUUAAUAGUAGCUACCAUGGUACUGACUUCGGUAACUCUACAGAUGACCUUUUCACAGAAAAGGUCACGAUGACUGCAUCGUCAACGAAGACACCAGCCGUGACAAAGAUGACGUCUGUCAUGACGGGAUCAACGUUCUCUACUGGAGUUACUGGUGGCAUCAAUGGCACCAAUAUGACUAGUGGGAACAAUGGGACGAAUGAAACUGAGACAGACAUGUACAUUGAGGAGCCUUGCAUAGCCAUGCUCAGUUUUGGACUUUGGUUCGAUAAAAUCUGCUCAGAGCUUCUUCCUUAUAUCUGCUAUGAAGACCGUUUCUACGGUAAUGCCACCAUGAGCAACAAGACACUACACAGCGCGACUCUGAGCUGGACCCGUGGGCCUGGUGACAUCAGCGGAUACAGGAUGGAGGUCAAGUCCACUGACUACAACCUGACCCUAAACCACAGCAGUCUGAACCAGACCUAUGACCUUUCUAACCUCACCGCCGGAACCCAGUACAGAGUCCAGGUGUUCCCCAUUAAGUGUGGAAGAGACCUCAACCCACAGAACGUCUCCUUCUACACCAAGCCUGGCGUGAUCCAAAAACUCAAUGUCACCAAUGUCUCAGAAACAAGCAUCUUCCUGUCCUGGUUUGCUCCUGAGGGCAACAGUGACUUGUACAACAUUCAGGUGAGGGGUGAACCCGACCUGAAAAUGACCACACGCACAGAGAGCGCCCUGGUCAAAGGCCUGAUACCAGGAGGGUUCUACACGUUUGAGGUCAAUGCCGAGGUGGAGGACAAGUCCAUCGAGGGAGAUCGGAUGGAUAUCCCCUCCUACACCAAACCAGGAAUGGUGUCAAACUUAACGGCGUCUGCUCUUACUAAUGAAAGUGUCAAAUUCCAAUGGCAACAGCCGACAGGUAACACCUCUGGGUACAGAGUGCACGCCUGGAGAGAAGAAAAAAACGGAACGUUUGAAAUAUUCUGGAAGACUCUGACAGACACGUAUCUGACGGUGGGGAACCAGUCGCCAGGUGCCAAGAUCUGGCUGAGCGUAGUGGCACUGGUGCCCGACAGAUCGGUUGAGGGAGAACCCAUCAAAGCAAUUGGCCUCACCACUCCAGGUGAAGUUACAAACUUAUGGCUGAACAUUACUGAGGACACCAUCAUUGUGUCCUGGACACCUCCUCAGGGAAACUACGAGACAUUCAGUGUUCAGCUCAAGCUAAACGCUUCUAACAAGGAAGUGGAAACAAAGAAUACAACUGACAGUCAACUCUCAUUCACCAACCUAAAGGCAGGAGCUGCAUAUUUAGUGACAGUCACCACUCUGAAUGGGUAUCUCAAGAGUUACCCAAUUUCCACUGCAGAUUUCACUCUUCCUCUCCCACCGCAAUCAGCCCAAAUCGAUUUCUUCAAUAAGAGUCAUGUCACCCUCUCAUGGAAAGCCCCCGUGGCUUCCCAAGGUGUACAAAUAAUGUACCUGGUGAAAUACAUAACUGAAUUCUGGAAUGAUACGCAGACGUACGAGACACACAAAACCAACUAUACAUUUCAUGAGUUGCAUGCUGGGACCAAUUACACCUUCGAAGUACGAGUGAAGGCGGGAACCCAGGAAAGCCAGCCCGUCCAAACAUCACAGACCACAAGUGCUACGGUGAGAGUUCGAACUAUGACUCUGGCGUGUUCCUCCAGCGAACCUUCCAUCUGUGAGGAUAGCGGCAAACGGACAGAGGUCCUGCAAAAUUUGAUUAGCCAUUUCCGCAAGUGGUUCAGCAAGAUGGAAAAUGAAACUUCGGUUGAUAAGGUGUUCUGGGAACUGGAGUGGCGAGGGGCAUAAUUACACACACACACACACACACACCACAUACCAUCUAUUCAAUAUAAUUUCUUAGUCAAGAUGAAGAUGAAUUGUAUUUUGAUAAUAAAAAAAUUCUAACAAUAGAUAAAUGAAGAGUUGGAUGUGUGCCAAGAAUGUAUGUGUUUUGAAUUUCUUGUCUAUCCUUGUUUUGCUUGUUUUCAGGAUGUGAUGUAUGUUUUACAAAUGCAUUUUAGUAAAGUAUUUUCUCUGACCAAAUUACUGAAUAAAAGGCUGACUGUC